CCCUCUCCCCGACGACGACGACCAACACCAUGCGGGCCGCUCUCGUGCUCGCUCUUGUGGCCGCCACCGCCACAGCCGCCUCGGCGCGCGCCACCCACAUCGACUUUGAUGCCCUCCACGAACGCCAUCAGCGUGCCCUCCUUCGCCGCAACAUCAUCACCACCGGCGACAUCGGCUCUUCGUACGACUACAUCAUCGUCGGUGGCGGCACCGCAGGUCUCGUCCUCGCGAAUCGCCUCUCUGCCAACUCCAGCACUUCCGUUUUGGUCCUAGAGGCAGGCGACACUGGCGAGGCAGUUCAGAGCCAGAUCGACAUUCCGUCGCUCACGUAUUACGACUCGCUCACGGAGACUUCAUAUGACUGGGGGUACGAGACCGUCGCGCAGACCAACCUCGACAACCGCCAGGUCUAUUGGCCGCGCGGCAAGGUCCUCGGUGGCUCCUCUGCCAUCAAUGGUAUGUACCUCGUUCGCCCGUCCGAACUCGAGGUGAACGCCUGGGCGGCCAUGAUCGACGGCGGCUCCACUUGGUCCUGGGACAACCUCUUCGCCGCCAUGAAGCAGAGCGAGACCUACACUCCCGCGACCACCGCCGUCAACGACGUCGUGCAUAUCGAGUACAGCAACUCGAGCCACGGCUUUACCGGCCCGCUGCACGCGUCGUAUCCCGGAUACAUGUUCGAUGCAGUCGGCAAUUGGACCACCACCUGGGCUAACCUCGGCUACGACGUCUCCUCGAACCCGGACGGCGGCGACGGCUGGGGUGCAUUCAUCGCCACCUCCGCGAUCAACCCGAACAACUGGACGCGCUCCUACUCCCGCAACGCAUACAUCGACCCACUCCCGCCUCGCGCGAACCUCGCAAUUCUCCCGGACGCGACCGUGACCAAGAUCAACUUCAGCAACAGCAGCAGCGGCCUCAUCGCCGCGAGCGUCGAGUAUGCGAGCGCAAAGGGUGCGACGGCAAGCAGCGUUAGUGUGACCAAGGAGGUCAUCUUGGCCGCGGGCGCGAUUGGGAGCCCGCAGAUACUCAUGGUCAGCGGUGUGGGUCCGGCAGACGUCCUUGAGGCUGCCGGUGUACCUGUCCAAGUCGCACUUCCGGGUGUCGGACAGCACCUCCAAGACCAUAUCUAUGCCGAGGUGACGUGGAAGACAACCCUGCCGACCGGCGCAUCCGUUUACUUCGCGAACUAUACCACCACGCCCACCGUCUCUGACCCAUUCCUUUCCUUCAUCAACUCCGCGACGUCCUACGUCAACUUCUCCGCGCUCUUCACCGAUGCGGACACGUACGCACAGCAGAUCGCCGCGGCGCUCGACACGAGCGCGGCGACGCUCGUUCCGAGCCAGUACAGCCAGGUCGUCGAGGGCUACAAGGCGAUUUACAACGCCACCGCGCAGUUCCUUACGAGCAGCCUCGGUGCGAUGGAGAUUUUGCUUAGCGUGUCAGGCGCGGGGGAGAGCGAUGAGCAGGUGAUCAGCAUCCAAGCAGCGCUGCAGCAUCCGUUCAGCCAGGGCCGGCUGUACAUCAACACCUCUGACGUGUUCGACUACCCGGCGAUCGAUCCGCAGUACCUAUCCCACUCUGCUGAUUUGACGGUCCUGCGCGAGGGAAUUCGCCUGUGCCGCACGAUUGGGGAGACGGCGCCGAUGAGCUAUGCGUUGGGCGUGGAGCAGUCGCCGGGAACGAGCAUCUCGUCAGACGACGAUCUUGAGGCGUGGAUCAAGAGCAACAGCUUCACGGAGUAUCACCCGAGCUGCUCGUGCGCGAUGCUGCCCGAGGAUCAGGGCGGUGUGGUCGACAGCAACUUGCUGGUGUACGGGCUGACGAACGUGCGCGUAGCGGACGCGUCUGUUUUCCCGUUUGAGUUUUCGGCGCAUCUCAUGGCGCCGGUGUAUGGCCUCGCGGAGCAGGCGGCGAGCGUCAUCCUCGGGACGGUGAGCAACUCGUCGACGAGCACGACUACGAGCAAGAAUAGCACCUCGUCGGCAUCGUCGGCUACGACCUCGGCGACUGCUUCUACGACCUCGUCGAGCAAAUCGAGCGGCGCAGAAGGCGUUGUCCGGCCUACGGCGUGGAUGGCUGUGGUGGGCGCGCUGCUCGCUGCGCUGACGGCGGUGUAGACUGCUUGUGCUGUUGAUCGGAUUUUCAUGGAUAGGCUUCCUUCCCUGUUACACUGCUGACUGUUCUACCGACUUUACUUACCGUCUACCUAGUGCACCACGGACUAUGACGUCCAAUUUCUGACCUUCUCCACUCGUUCGCAUGGAUGCUGUUGUUGUACGGACGCGACGUGUGGGCUGCUCUCUCUCGCAGCUAAGUAAAUGCCUGCCUGCUGCUACUUAUUGACGUCGCUGGGAUGCUUGUCUGCGCGGCAUGGUUGCGUAGAGUACAGUACUACACACAUACAUACAUACAUACAGCUGACGGCUCCGAGGCCGUUUGGACAGUACUUUGUUAAUACCGGUAUUUAGUGUGGCUGCAUAC